AUGUUCAAAUUUCAUGUUCUAUUCAAAGUAAACUCAUUACAACCGUAUAUAUAUUUAAUUGGAUUAUGUCUUUUAGUCAUUGUUCAAUUGGUGAAUUCUCAAUCUGAUCUAGAUCGUUGUGCAAUAGUAUGUGCACCAGAAAAAUGUCAGUGUGUCGGUCCACAAGGAAUACAGGGACAACCUGGUCCGAUAGGUGUACGAGGUUCAGAAGGACCUCCAGGUGAUAUAGGUCCUGUUGGGCUCCCAGGAGCUCUAGGUGAGAAAGGUGAACAAGGAAUCCCUGGUGUGUUGGGACCAAGUGGCGAAAAGGGUUUACCUGGUCAACCAGGUUAUCCAGGUAAUGAUGGUGAUCCAGGUCAUCCUGGAAUGCAAGGAUUGAAAGGUGAAAAAGGAGAUAGUGGGUGUGAUGGUGAACCGGGAGAUAAUGGUGAACUAGGUGAACCUGGUGCCUCAGGUAUAAUAGGUCUACCUGGUGAACCAGGAAUUAAAGGACCUAAAGGAUAUACUGGAGGCUCAAGACAAGGAUUAAUGGGUGAAAAGGGAGAUCCAGGUGAAAUAGGUGAACCUGGAGAAGAUGGAGCUGUAGGUUUGAUGGGUGAUGUCGGUCCAAAAGGUGAAAUUGGAGUGUACAAUUAUACAAAUAUAAUUCCUGGAGAUCGUGGUGAACCAGGUCCUCGAGGACAAGAUGGUCAACCAUGUGAAGAUAUGGAUCGUGAAUAUACUGAAGAAGAACUUAUCAGUUUUACAAGAGGUCCAGCUGGAGAUAUAGGUUCACCAGGACCUAAAGGUGACAUCGGAGAGCCAGGUGAUGAGGGUGAUCUGGGUUUACCAGGUGAACAAGGAUUGAUUGGUGAAAAAGGUGAAGCUGGUGAAUUAGGAAUAGAUGGUGAUCCUGGUGAAGAUGGUGAUGCAGGACCGAUUGGACAACCAGGUAAUUUAGGUUCUGAUGGUCCACCUGGACCAGAAGGUGCAAUUGGAGAAAAAGGUGAUCGAGGUCCACAUGGUCGUGAUGGUUUACAAGGUGAUCCAGGUCAGGCUGGAAUUCCUGGGAAAGCCGUUUGCCCAGCUGAGUCCUUCCCAAAAGGUGAAAAAGGUCUACCAGGUCACCCCGGUGACAAAGGAAGUCAAGGUGAACCUGGUUUACCAGGUGAUCAAGGAGAAAAAGGUAUUCCAGGCGAUGAAGGCAUAAAAGGGAUAAGAGGAAGUCAGGGUAAAAUCUGCCAACCUGGUCCACAAGGUCCUAUAGGUGUCAAAGGUCGAUAUGGAAUUGGUGGGACACAAGGAGAACCUGGUAUUGAUGGCGAUACAGGCCAACCAGGUCAAAGAGGAUUACCCGGUGAUGAUGGAUUUGGUCAUUUAGGGGAAAUUGGUGAAGUUGGGGUGGAAGGUUUACGUGGUCCUAAAGGUGAAUCUGGUGAAGAAGGUGAACCUGGUGAGAAAGGAUUCGGCGGCGAUAGUAAUGUUGGUCCAGUUGGUCCUCGUGGUGAACCUGGUGAUAGUGGGAGUGAUGGAGAAAUUGGAAAACGCGGUGAACCUGGACCUCCAGGUCCAAAAGGUGAACCAUUAACUGUUUGUCCUCUGUGUAAAGAUGGUGAUGCUGGCCCACGUGGAGAAAUAGGCGAUCCAGGCGAUGAUGGGGAAAAAGGACCCGACGGUAUUCCAGGUGAUAGAGGUGAUGUUGGCCGACAAGGAGAAGAUGGUUUAAUUGGUCUACCGGGAAUCAAAGGUGAAAAAGGUCGUAUUGGUGAAGAUGGUUUUAACGGUGAUGCCGGUGAGCCUGGAGAUUCAGCUAUUGUAUCUCGGGUUGUAGAAGAUGUUAUCCCUGGAGAUGAAGGUGAUGAAGGUCGUGAAGGUAGUAUUGGUGAUAUUGGCGAUAGAGGUGAUGAAGGAGAACCUGGUCCUGAUGGUGAGGAGGGUCUAAAAGGACAACAAGGCAUAGAUGGUGAACAAGGACCAAUCGGUGAAGUUGGCGAUGAUGGUGACGAUGGAGAGACGGGUGAAGAUGGUAUUGAUGUCAAAGGCAUGAUUGGUGAAUUAGGUGAAAGAGGUGAUGAAGGUUUAGUCGGGGAGAAAGGUGAAAAAGGUGUAGCUGGAGUUAUGACAAACUGUACAAUUGAUUGGAGACAAAUAGUAGCAAAAAAUGAAUCUGAAUUGAUUGGUGAUCGCGGGGAGAAAGGUGACGAUGGUGAGGUUGGUGAAAAAGGUUCUCGAGGCAUAGAUGGACGUAAAGGCGAAAUUGGCCAAAUGGCAGCACCUUCUGAACGAGGUGAAACUGGUUUUCCAGGUCCUGAUGGUGAGAAAGGAGAACCAGGUCCACAAGGUAUUGAAGGUCCUCAGGGACUUCAAGGCGAUCCUGGUGAAGUUAUUGAUGGAGUCGAAGGAGAUGUCGGAGAGCAAGGUCCUGAAGGCCCGAAAGGUUUCAAGGGUGAGGAAGGUGAUAUGGGUGAUAGUGGUGAUUCUGCAGAACGUAUUAAAGGUGAACCUGGACCUCCCGGUGAAUCUGGGAAUGAAGGAGAUGAGGGGGACCCAGGUCUUCCUGGACAGAAAGGAGAGCCUGGAGCUGAAGCCGGUCAACAAGGAGAACCUGGUAGCCCUGGAGAAAAGGGAGAUUCCGGACCUAAAGGCCUACCUGGUCCUAAAGGAGAACCUAGCACAAAUAUGGAGUCAGGUGAUCAAGGUCCAAAAGGUGAAUCUGGUAUAACGGGAUCCGAAGGAGAAAAGGGUAGUGUUGGAGACAAUGGUGAAUGUAAUGAAGCUGGUUUAUCCGGAGAUCCUGGACCUGAAGGAGCAGAGGGAACAACUGGCAAACCAGGCGAAGAUGGAGAACAAGGAGAAGAUGGGGAUUCUGGACCAGAAGGAGAACCAGGUCCUGAUGGUGAACGUGGUGAGAUUGGUGAAACGGGAUUAGAUGGUAUUACCGGUACUACUGGAGAAAAAGGUGAACCAGGUAGUAUGGGAGAUGUAGGUGAAAAGGGUUCUUCUGGUCCAGAAGGUGAAAUAGGAGAUAUUGGUCCUCAAGGCCCACCGGGUGUAGAUGGUUCCCAAGGUCCAUCUGGUGAUCCUGGACCUACUGGGGAAUCUGUAGAAGGCGAACCGGGAGAUACUGGGCCAGAAGGAAGUCAAGGAGAACAAGGUGAGAAAGGUGAACCUGGUCCAGUUGGAGAAGUUGGUGAAACAGGUUCUACUGCUGAAACUCUACCUGGAAUCAAGGGAGAACCAGGCCAACCUGGUGAAGAUGGGUUAUUAGGAGAACCUGGAUUAGAUGGGAAUGAUGGAGAACCUGGCCUAAAAGGUGAUGAAGGUCCAAUAGGGGAACCUGGACCAAAGGGGUCACGAGGUCCACGUGGUAGAAUUGGAGAUGUGGGUAGUGAAGGUAGUAGAGGAGCUAAAGGAAAUAUUGGUUCCGAAGGUGAAUUAGGUCCAGAUGGUGAAAAGGGAGAUAGAGGAGAAGCAGGUGAUAUUGGUCCUCCAAGUAGUACAACUGCUGGACUCAAAGGCAGAGAAGGAUUGGAAGGACCUCAAGGAGAACAAGGUCAAGCUGGUGAUACAGGCGAAAAAGGAGAAUCAGGUAUACCCGGUGAAGAAGGUGAUCAGGGUGAUGAAGGACCAAUUGGUGAGAUUGGAGAAAUUGGAGAAAUUGGUCCAGAAGGUGAUAUAGGACCUGAAGGAAAUGAAGGUCCACUGGGAGAGCAAGGUUCAGAAGGAGAUGUUGGAGAGAUAGGACCAUAUGGACCAGAGGGAGAAAAAGGUGAAGCAGGUCUUAUCGGCGAUUCAGGUGAAGCUGCCAAAGAUUGUCCUAUUGGGCCGAAAGGUGAACAAGGUCGACUAGGCCCACCAGGGUUACCUGGACCACAGGGGCCACCUGGAGACCGGGGAUUACCUGGACUACGUGGUAAAGAUGGGCCACCAGGGGUUGGAGUAAUUGGAGCACCAGGAGAACCGGGUGACACCGGACAUAUUGGUCUACCUGGAGAAGCAGGAGAACCUGGCGAUCAAGGUCCUGAAGGCCCCUCAGGUUUGGCUGCGCUUACUGGUGAGCAAGGAAUGAAAGGAGAAAGAGGAAUACCAGGAGAUGUUGGGGACCCAGGAGUAGAAGGUGCUCAAGGUCCUCCUGGUUACGAUGGAGAAAAAGGAAUACAAGGUCAACAGGGUUCAGCAGGAGUAGAUGGCACUGAUGGUAUUUCUGGACCGAAAGGGUUUAUUGGAGAUCAGGGUCCGUCUGGAAAUCGUGGACAAAGCGGUGAUCAAGGAGAAAUGGGUGAAGCCGGUAUUGAAGGACAAAAGGGAGUUAAAGGAACUGCGAUAAGGGGAGGACUUGGUGAAGUAGGUGAUCCUGGUGAUAAUGGAGCUCCUGGAGAACAAGGAGACCCGGGUCUUGAUGGGGAAGUAGGAGAUGAUGGAGAUAUUGGCGAGAAAGGAGAAAAAGGUCAACCUGGGCUUUUAGAAGGUGAACGAGGUGAAUUAGGUGACCAGGGAGAGCGUGGGGAUAUUGGAGAAGUUGGGCCUCCUGGACCAAUUGGUGAUGUUGGCCCCAAAGGCAAAGAUGGUGAGAAAGGACAACCAGGUCAAACGAAUUAUUCUUCCAUACUAUUCGCUCGUCAUUAUCAAACACCAUUUGUCGAAAACCUUACAUGUCCAACUGGAACGAACAAACUUUUCACUGGUUACAGCUAUGUUAUGGGAGGUGGUGUAGAUGAUUUGGUUAGCAUGGAUUUAGGUACACCAAGUUCGUGUUUGUCCAAGUUCAGUUCAUUACCAAUGACUCAAUGUGAAAGAGAUACAACUUGUCAAUCAAGCAUGCGACAUGAACGAUCCUAUUGGUUAGCUACAUUGGUACCUCGAUCUGAACAACCAAUUCCAGUAGAUCAAACAGCUGAUCAAAUUGCUAGAUGUGUAGUUUGUGAAGCUCCAGCACAUGUAUUUGCUUUUCACAGUCAAGGUGAAACAUUACAACCAUGUCCGAAUACUUGGACUGAAUUAUGGACAGGAGUUAGUUUAAUACUUCAUACUUCCGGUGCUCAUGGUGGAGGUCAACAAUUAUCUUCACCUGGAAGUUGUAUGGAACAUUUUCGUUAUUCACCAGUUAUUGAAUGUAAUAAUAAUGUAGGCAUGUGUCAUUAUUGGUCCGAUGCAAAAGUGUAUUAUUUAAGAGCACUUAAUCCAAAUAUAACACAAUUUGAAAAACCAGUUGGUUUUGUAAUGAAAGCAGCUGAAGGACCAGUGUUGAAUAAUGGUGAUCCAGGUGAGAAAGGUGAACCUGGAAGACAAGGUAUGGAUGGUGAACGAGGAUUGCCUGGUAUCGAUGGUGAACGUGGUGAUCCUGGUGAAUCUGGUCUUGGAAGGCGAGGUCUACCAGGCCCUAAAGGAGAACCUGGUAAUGUUGGUCCUAAAGGUGAUGAUGGUAUUCAAGGUGAACGUGGUGACCCUGGAUUGCCUGGAUUAGAAGGAGAUAGAGGUGAAGAUGGUGAUUUUGGUAUACCUGGUGAACCUGGUGAACCAGGAGAAAGUAUCAUUGACACUUAUACACCUGUAAAAGGUGCUCCAGGUGCACCUGGAGAUCCUGGAGAUCCAGGCAGAAAUUGUUCAGUUACUACAUUAGAACAAGGUCGAAAAGCUUUGAUUGGACCUCCUGGUGAUCGGGGUGAUACUGGUCCUAAAGGUUAUCCAGGUCCUAAAGGAGCGAAAGGAAUAAGAGGCAUAGAUGGAACUAUUGGUUUGCCAGGAAUCAAAGGACUUCCAGGUCCCGAUGGUCCACUGGGUCCUAAAGGCAUCAAAGGAAGUGCAGGACAGCCAGGUGUUAAAGGUGGUCAAGGACGUGAUGGUUUAAUUGGUGAUCGUGGACCACCAGGACCUAAAGGUCUACCUGGAGAUCCAGGGGCAGAUGGACUACGUGGGUUCGUUGGAGAUCCUGGUGAACCUGGAGGUACUACAGAAUGUACAGGUAUUUUACCUGGGAGACCUGGACAACGUGGUACACCCGGAGAACCUGGAGAAAAAGGAUUUCCUGGAAUUCCUGGAUCGAUAGGAGACAGAGGACUGAAAGGCUUGGUUGGUCCACAAGGAGCGGUUGGGGAUCCUGGGUUUGACUGUCCCAUUGGACCACCUGGUCCACCAGGUCCAAAAGGAUCACCUGGUGAUGACGGACGAGCUGGUUUACCUGGUCUACCUGGGAGUCCAGGUGAUGAUGGAUUACCAGGCGAUAAAGGAGAUCCGGGUAUCGGUCACAGAGGUGCACCGGGUGAUCCUGGAGAUAGAGGUUUUGAUGGGCCUCAGGGUCCAAAAGGUCCAAAAGGUUUAAAAGGUGAACGUGGAUUGCCAGGUACUAAAGGAGCUGGUCGCCCUGGUCCACCAGGUGAAAAGGGUGAACGUGGAUUGGAUGGUUUAGCUGGAAAACAUGGAAAACAAGGUCCAGUCGGACCUCAAGGUGAACCUGGAGAGCGUUGUAGUUUGUGUAAACCUGGUAUACCUGGAGCAAAAGGUGAAAAAGGUGAUAUUGGUUCAGCUGGUCUACCAGGUCCACGAGGUCGAGAUGGUGCUAAGGGAGAACGAGGAAGUCGCGGUGCUCCUGGGAAUCAAGGUCGUACAGGUGCACAAGGUUAUGAAGGUGAUCAAGGUGAACAUGGUCUCCCUGGACCAAAAGGUUUCAAAGGUGAACCAGGUGAAACAAGGACAGAAUACACUGGUAUCCUAAAAGGUCCGAAAGGUUAUCCCGGUGUAGAUGGAGUCAAAGGAGACAAAGGAAUCAAGGGUAUUAUAGGUUCUCCUGGAGAAAAAGGGGAACGUGGAUUAGAAGGACCACAGGGUGAUCCUGGUUUACGAGGUUUACCUGGACAAAAAGGUCCUAAAGGUAUACUAGGCGAGAAGGGUUACAAAGGUGCAACAGCUGAGGUUAGAUUUGGUAAUAAAGGUGAAAAAGGUCAACCUGGACGUCCUGGGUUGAAAGGUGAAUUAGGCGAUUCUGGAGAACCUGGAAAUUGUACUGUGAAUGUUAUCCAAAGUCGUAAUCUAACUGUUGAAAAAGGUGAUCGUGGACCCAAAGGUGAACCUGGACCAAGAGGAGACAAAGGAAAACCAGGUGAUGAAGGUCCACCUGGACAACCCGGGGAUAGUGGGAUUAGAGGCGAGAAAGGAUUUCCGGGAAUACCUGGACCUGGUGGAAUAAAAGGAAUAGUAGGUGAACCAGGUGACCCUGGUGAACAAGGUAAUCCAGGAGAACCGGGAUCCCCUGGAAUACCUGGAAUGAAAGGAGAUGUAGGUGAUAUUGGUCCUAUAGGAGAUCGUGGUUACCCAGGUCCAAAAGGAGAAAAAGGAUUGCCUGGUCAGUCUGGAGCUGGAAUUCCCGGAGAACGUGGUGAACCCGGGCAACCAGGUAUACCAGGUCCGAGAGGUUCUCAGGGAGAUCCUGGUAUGAUUGGCGACCCAGGAGAUCCAGGAUUAGAUGGAAGACCUGGAUUAGCAGGAGAACGUGGAGAUGUUGGUUUACCAGGACUCCAAGGUGAUCCUGGUCCAAGUGGUGGAGCUGGUAUUAAAGGAAUUAUCGGUGAUCCAGGAGAUAGUGGAGAACCAGGUUUGCCCGGACGUCCUGGUACACCAGGAGAUAAAGGUAGAUGUCUUGGAGCAGCAGAAAAAGGAGAACCUGGUCCUCCCGGUUCAGAAGGUCCAGAAGGACAAAAAGGGGAACCUGGACUAAGAGGAGCGAAAGGAGAGCGAGGGCCAUCAGGUCCAAUUGGCCGAACAGGUGAAAAGGGUUUAAGAGGUGAACCAGGCUUACCUGGUCCAGAUGGUCCUGCAGGCGAUGCAGGUCCUCCUGGUCGUCCAGGAACUACUGGUCCUAAAGGCUUUGAAGGAACACCUGGACCGAAAGGAUUUGAAGGACCACCAGGUAUUCCUGGUGACGAAGGUCAACCGGGUCCAAAAGGUGAACCUGGUCUUCCUGGUACAGAUUCAUUUGGUGAAAAAGGUGAUGUGGGAGAACGUGGUCCUCAAGGUGAUGUUGGAGAAAAAGGUUCCACUGGAAAACCUGGUUUACGUGGACCUCCAGGUGAUGCAGGAACUAUCGGUCAAGCAGUAGUCGGAGAUACUGGUGAUAUUGGAGAGGUUGGCGAGAAGGGUCUACCAGGAAUGCCUGGAGACCCUGGACUACCUGGACCUAAAGGCUCCCCAGGAGUGCCAGGUUUAAUCGGACCAAAGGGCAUAAUCGGAGAUCCCGGCGUGCCAGGUUUGCAAGGCCGUCCGGGAAAACCUGGUCAAGAAGGUCAACCUGGUUUGCCAGGUCCCAAAGGUUUUCCAGGGGAGAAGGGUCAGAGAGGUAUCAAAGGAGAACGUGGCGAACCCGGCGAAACAAUGGUUGGACGUGACGGAGAACCAGGGGAUAUGGGUGAACGAGGCAUUCCUGGAAUUCCAGGACCCAAAGGAGAUAGAGGAUUUCCAGGUGACACUGGGCCAAAAGGCUUACGAGGUUUGCCUGGUCGAGUAGGCGAGAAAGGUCAAAUGGGAAUGUCUGGAGAUAAAGGUGAACCAGGUAUCUCUGGAAUUGAUGGCUACCCUGGUAGAAAGGGGGAUAAAGGUGAAUCUGGUGAUAUUGGACCUAUAGGUGAUCCUGGACCAAGAGGACAACCUGGACCUAAGGGUUUCCCCGGUGGGCCUGGCCAGUGCAUACCACCUGAGGAAAGUCCUGUUGGAGAUCCUGGUCCACAAGGUCCUAGAGGACCACCGGGUGAAAAAGGCUUGACAGGACUACCAGGAAAAGUGGGUAAAACUGGUGAUCCUGGUCCACCUGGAAGAGGUAUUCCUGGUUCUAAAGGUCAACGUGGUGAUCCUGGACUUCGUGGUCUUACUGGUCCAAAAGGUGAACAAGGGGAAGCAGGAGAUCCAGGUGAUAUGGCCCUACCUGGCGCCAAAGGUCAACGAGGUUAUCCUGGGGUUAAGGGUGAAAAAGGUGAAUUAGGAAUACCUGGAGACAUUGGCCCAAGAGGUCCUAUUGGAGAUCCAGGUCUCCCUGGGGAUGUUGGAGUACCAGGCGACGAUGGAAGACCAGGUCUUUCGGGUCCUAGAGGUGAUAAAGGAGACACUGGAUGGCCAGGAACGAUUGGAAUGAAAGGAGAAAGUGGAGACGUUGGUGAUCCUGGACCAAUAGGUAUACCUGGCAUACCUGGAGAAGAUGCAACUGGUCUACCCGGAGCCAAAGGAGAGAAAGGUGAACCAGGAACACCCGGACCAAAAGGUAUGGUUGGUGAGCCAGCAGUACGAGGACUAAAAGGAGCUAAAGGGGAAAUGGGACUACCUGGUCCCACUGGUAGAGAACCUGGAGAACCGGGGCCAAAAGGAGAUCCGGGAUUGAAAGGUACUCCUGGUGAUAUUGGUCCAAGAGGUAUGCCUGGAGACAUUGGUCCUCCUGGACCUGAAGGAUUCAGCGGUCCUCCUGGACAAGCACUGCAGAGCACCUACUUGUUUACUAGGCAUUUUCAAAAUCCUGAUACUGAACCUGUAUGUCCUCCAGGUUCACAAAAAAUAUCAGACGGAUAUAGUUUUGUAAUGGCAAAUGGAAAUGGUGAAUUAGUAACCAUGGAUUUAGGUUCUCAUAGUUCAUGUCUAAGUAUGUUCAGUAUAAUGCCAUUUUUCCAAUGUCUUCGCGAUGGAUCUUGUCAACUUGGUGUUCGAGCUGAUCGUUCUUAUUGGUUAGCUACCACGGAACCUCUUCCAAUGAUGCCACUUGAUGUAAGCGAAGUCCGUCGAAGAGUUGCUCGUUGUGUUGUUUGUGAAGCUCCGACACAACCUUAUGCUUUCCAUGCACAAGCAAAUCAACUUCAAGAAGUUAACUGUCCAGAAGGUUGGGCCAGACUAUGGGAUGGAUAUAGCUUUGUAAUGCAUAGUGUUGGAAGUACUGGUGGCGGUCAACAGCUUUCAUCACCUGGCAGUUGUCUUGAAUAUUUCAGUUAUUCUCCACUGCUAGAAUGUAACAAUGGUAUGAGUUUGUGUAAUUAUUGGUCAGAUGCAAAAGCCUAUUAUUUACGUCAUGUUAGUAAUAACACAGAAUUUCAAAAACCAGUUGGUCAAUACAUUACAGAUCAUUUACCAGAUGAAACUAAAGUACUACGUGAAAUAAGUCGAUGUCGUGUUUGUACCAAAUCUCGGUUUCAAUCAUAUUUUGUUUAAUUAGAAGAGAGAAAGAUACGAAGAGUAAGAGGAGUAAAAUGAUAAUGUUUAAACAUUUAUGAAAUUUUUAUGGAAUGAAAACGAUUAUUUCAAUUUAUUAAAAAUUAAUUCAGGAUGAUAUAUAUAUAUAUAUAUAUCACUUGACAAAUAUUUCACCUCCAUUCUUCUUAUCAACUUAUUCUAGAUACUUAUUUCGAUUUAAUUGCUCUUCCUCAAAACAAAAAAAUAUUUUCCGUUCACUUAUAUAUAUUACUUUUUUUGCUUUUUAUGUCGUUUCUGAACUCUUUCCUUCUGUGUAAGUGAUAUUAUAUACAAAUAUUUUAUUUCAACUUAAUUUAUCUUAUUAUGACUUUGAUAAUUAUUACUAUUAUUAGUAUGAAUAUUGUUUUAAUCAAAUAAAAUAGAGAAUUUUAAAGCUUCAUGAAUAAAAUUUUUCUUCACACUAUCUCUUAUAGUGAUUAUAUCCUAUUUAUUAAAUGAGUCAGAUGGAAAUUUUUAUUUUGAAUGCUUCUUUUAACUGCCUUGUCUAAUUUAAUUUUAACAAGCUUGCUAGGUGUUAAAUUUUAUUUUAUAUGACUAUACAAUAAGGUGUGAAUUUAAAUUUUUCCUAGGGGGUUUUUCUUUUGAGAGUGUCCUCUAACAUAUUUGUCUCGUAUUCCUUUCUGUCUUUAUCUGUUGUAACCAUAAAAUAUUAUUAAAUGUCAAGUGUUGAAUAAUGAAAUUCUUGUCAGUCUAAAACAACUUUUGAAUUAACUAGAAAUAUACUUUUCUGAUCAAAAUUUUAAUCGUGGAGGUACGCUUUUAUUCAUU